UGCCGGCCGUGAGGUGUGGGUGGAUCCGGCCGGUGUCCGUUGCCCUCGGUGCUGGUGCCCAUUGCCCCCGGUGCCCUUUGCCCCCGCUGCCGGUGUCCCCGGUGCCGGUGCCCAUUGCCCGUGGCGGUGUCCGGUGUCCCCGGUGCCCGUUGCCCCCGGUGCCAGUGUCCCGGUGCCGGUGGCCGUUGCCCGGGGCGGCGCCGGGGAGGUGCGGAUCCGGCCGGUGCCCGGUGCCGGUGCCCGUUGCCCCCGGUGCCGGUGCCCGGUGCUGGUGCCCGGUGCCCGGGGCGGGUGCCGGGGGGGCGGGCCCGGCCGCUGUCCAGUGCCGGUGGCCCCGGGGGGGCGAUGCGGGCUCUGAGGACGCUGCGGCCCCGCAGGCUCCCGGCCGGGCGGACCAUGGCGGCGGCGGCGGCGGCAGCGGCGGGUUCGGGCCCCGGGGGCGGCCCGCGGGCCGGUGCUGACCCCCGGCACCAUGAACCCGGCAGUGCGGCGGGUGGAGUACGCGGUGCGGGGGCCCAUCGUCACCCGCGCCCUGCAGCUGGAGCAGGACCUGCGGCAGGGUGUCCCCAAGCCCUUCACCGAGGUGAUCAAGGCGAACAUUGGUGAUGCGCACGCCAUGGGGCAGAAACCCAUCACCUUCCUCCGCCAGGUGACCGCCCUGUGCCUGUGCCCGGAGCUGCUCGCCGAGCCCUCCAUCCCCCAGGAUGCCAAGGGUCGCGCCCGCCGGCUGCUGGCAGCCUGUGCCGGGCAGAGCGCUGGUGCCUACAGUGCCAGCCCUGGUAUCGAGCUGGUGCGGCAGGACGUGGCGCGCUUCCUCCAGCGCCGUGAUGGUGUCCCCGCCAAGCCCCAGGACAUCUUCCUCUCCACCGGGGCCAGCGAUGCCAUCGUGAGCAUCCUGAAGCUGCUGGUGUCUGGCGAGGGGGGGUCCCGCACGGGGGUGCUGAUCCCCAUCCCGCAGUACCCCCUCUACUCGGCGGCCAUCGCCGAGCUCAGCGCCGUCCAGCUCAACUACUACCUGGACGAGGAGCACUGCUGGGCGCUGGAUGUGGCCGAGCUGCGGCGGGCACUGGCCGAGGGGCGUCAGCAUUGCUGCCCCCGCGUCCUCUGCAUCAUCAACCCCGGCAACCCCACUGGACAGGUACAGAGCCGGCAGUGCAUUGAGGACGUCAUCAAGUUUGCCUUUGAGGAGAAGCUCUUCCUCAUGGCUGAUGAGGUGUACCAGGACAACAUCUAUGCUGAGGGCUCGGCUUUCCACUCCUUCAAGAAGGUGCUGUUUGAGAUGGGGCCGCCCUACUCGGAGGUGGUGGAGCUGGCCUCCUUCCACUCUGUCUCAAAGGGCUUCAUGGGCGAGUGCGGGUUCCGCAGUGGGUACGUGGAGGUGGUGAACAUGGACCCUGACGUGCAGCAGCAGUUGGCCAAGCUGGUGUCAGUGCGGCUGUGCCCACCUGUGCCUGGGCAGAUCCUCCUGGAUACUGUCGUUGAUCCACCACAGCCUGGGGAUCCUUCAUAUGAGCUCUUUAUUGCUGAGAAGAAGGCGGUGCUCAGCGCCCUGGCGCACAAGGCCCGGCUUACCCAGGAGAUCUUCAACCAGGUGCCCGGCAUCCGCUGCAACCCUGUGCAGGGCGCCAUGUAUUCCUUCCCCCGCAUCGAGCUGCCGCCCCGUGCCCUGGCCGCCGCCAAGGCGCAGGGUCAGGCCCCUGACAUGUUCUUCUGCAUGAAGCUGCUGGAGGAGACGGGCAUCUGUGUGGUGCCGGGCAGCGGGUUUGGGCAGCGGGAAGGCACCUUCCACUUUCGGAUGACCAUCCUGCCACCCACUGAGAAGCUGCAGGUCCUGCUGGAGAAGCUCAGCAGCUUCUACACCAAGUUCGUCAAGGAGUACUCCUAACACCGGCACCCCCCCCAGCCCCGGCACCCCCCUGUGACCCCCUCAGCACCCACCACCCCACACUCCCCACCGGGCUCCACGUGCCAUGGGCCGGGACUCUGCCCUAGGUGGUCCCUGAAGUGCCUUCAACUUCUUCGUGCCUUUUUGUUGGGGGACACAAGGGCACCUCGUGUGCCAGGGCUGGUCGCCCUCCUGCUGCCCCUGUGUCCCCUGGGGGGGGAUGGUACGGGAGCAGUAGGCAGGGCCAGCUCUCCUCUCAGCAACCCCACUAAUAAAAGGGUAGUGACCAGC